AUGUCCCAAGCCCUCACGGCCGCCGCGCGCCUAAAGCCCGAGAUCCGCCUGGCUCAGGCUGUUUCGGAGUUUGAAGCCGAUCUGUCUGGAGAACAGAAAGCGGCUUUUCGCACCAAUAAAGCCAAGACAAUACAAUCGUCCCCAAAUACUCAAGAUGUCAUGCGUCUUGCUGCGGAGAUCGAUCGCGUUUCUGGACGAAAUGGCCGCUGUCUUGGGCCCAGGCUUAUGAAUCUCCUGCAGGCAGUUCAGAAAUUUGCUGCUCUUGGUGAUGUAGUUGUGGGAGGAUCACAAAACCUGAUCGCGUGCGGAAUUUGGACGAUAGUUCGAACAUCGUUGGAGCUUCUGACAAAAUUCUCCUCGUGUCUUGAGAAGCUGUCCGUGCUAUUUAUGAAGGUUGGCCGAUCAGCCCCUCGCUUCGAAAGCAUGGCUCUGCUUUAUCCUCGUUCCAGGGAUUUACAAUCAUCACUUUGUGAAUACUUUAUUGUGGUCGUUCAUCUCUGUCACGAAAUAUUGCAGUUCACGCGCAAGUCAAAUUUGAAGAAGUUUGCUUCAUCAUUAUCCGAUUCAAACUUAACUCAAUAUCAGUCCGAUCUUGAGUCCUGGGGGAGUACGAUCAAGGAGGAAGUUGGCCUUCUUAUGGCAGCUAGGAUUGAGAAAGAAGCUAAUAUGAACUCCAAGUUACGUGAUGUUUCAUCCAAAUUCUUUGGGAUAACCUCAAACCAGCAAAAGGUCCAGGCUAGGCAACGAGUUCUCGAUAUAUGUACCAACUUUGACCACAUGGUGGUGUGGAAGCAGAUUCGAAAGGCUGGAAACACAAAUAUUUUUCGCCAAUGCCCACACUAUCAAAGGUGGAAAAGUACGACAACGUCGAACUCACUGGUUUAUACGGGCAAGCUUGGGGCCGGCAAGUCUGUAUUGCUUGCCAAUAUAGUGGAAAACUUGCAUCUGCAGGUGCAAGAUGAGGUUAUACCGGUGGCCUUCUUCUUUUCCCGACAUGAUGUUUCGGAGAGUUUAAAAGCACAAACUGUGCUCGGUUCGAUUGCGCGGCAACUUCUUGAACGAGUUUCAGAUCUGACAGAGCCGGCUGAGCUACUCGGGCGAGUAAACAAUAUGGGUCCCCCCGAGAAAGUCUUUGCUCUCCUCCAAUCCGCUUUCCCGCAAGGAUAUAAGGUGUUUAUCGUAAUUGAUGGAAUUGAUGAACUAGGCCGGGAAGAACGAGAAUUGCUGAUUCGACACCUUCACACACUUCAAAGGAUGUUUGUAGUUUCACUUUGCGUUUCGCUUCGGGAAGACGCAAACGACCCGCUAAAGAUCGGCUCGGAACAGCUUUCUACUGUUACGAUAACUUCGAUACCCGAAAACACAUCCGAUAUCGAACUCUUCAUUUCACAGGAAUUACAGAGAUGCAUCGAAUCCAAGAGGCUUAUUGUUGGAGAUAUAUCCCUAUUGCUUGAAAUACAGGAGACCCUUACCAAAUUCUCAGAUGGCAUGUUUCUCUGGGUAGCUCUUCAAAUUGAGUCCCUCUGUGCCAUGGAGACCGACGAGGCAAUUUCUCGAGCUCUCAAGGACCUCCCGAAAGGCCUUUCCGAAACAUUCGGGCGCAUCUUACAGAGAUCACAGAGACUUGGCCAUUCAUAUCAGAAGUCUAUCCUGGAGCUAGUGACUGUGGCUCAGCGUCCACUUACACUGGAAGAACUGCGCGAGGCGCUGAGUGUAGCUCCAGGUGACACUAAAUGGAAUCCAGCGCGGCUUCUCAAUAACAUCCAUAGCACCCUGGCAUGCUGUGGAAGCCUUGUUAUUAUCGAUGAAGAGGAGUUGACUCUACGUCUCGUCCACCACAGCGUCAAGCAGUACCUUCUCUUGGAGUUCAAAGACCCAGCUAGUGGGCCAAUCACAAUUGUUGACGCCCAUGCAAGGAUGUCGGAUAUCAUUGUGACUUAUUUGAGCUAUUCCGACUAUGAUCGUCAGCUGUCAAAGGCUAUCAUUCCUGAGAUCAAAACGGAUGAAACGAUGAAUGGCAUAGUUCGGUCUACACGCUACUCAUUGGACUAUAUGAGUGGUCUUGCAUUGAAGCUUCUUCGGUCACGAAAUGACUCCAACUUCAACAUGGGGAAAACACUCGCGGCAGCAAGAGCCGCGCGCUUCCGUUCAAGAGAUCACUUUUUCUUUCGUGAUUAUGCGAUGCUAUGCUGGCAGUCUCACAUCUCACGGUCUUUACCACUGGGUCCCAAGAGCAGUAGCCUUUUUGAAAGGCUGUGCGAGCGGAAAGCCCUAGACCCUGUCACGAUGACGGAUGAUGAAGCAUCGUUCCUGCUCUUCCGAGCCGCAGAAACGGGUAAUCUGUUUGCUGUUCGAUAUAUCAUCAGCUCAAAGCCAAGGCUAGAUGUGAACAAGAAGAUGAAUCACCACGGACAAACAGCAUUACACGUGGCUACUUGGCAUGGAGCUGAAGCCACCGCUCGGUUCCUGUUUACUUGGGGGUCUACCGAUAUAUCCUCCACAGACCUUGAGAAGAAUACGGCCCUUGAUCUGGCAAUUAGAAGGGGCCAUGUGUCUAUUGUAAACGCUUUCCUUAGUCACUAUCCCCGGCAUCCCACAAUGACCGACUUGGUUAUCGAAUCGUUGCGCCAUCAUCUUGAAAUCACUAGUAACUUCAACUUUGAUGUGAUCAGUGAAGUACUACUAGUGGCAGCACGUAAUGGAAAUGACACAUUGAUCGGAAUGAUUCUCCACGACAGGCGGGUGCAACUCGUUCUGAAGCGUCGAAUAUGGAGAGCCAUCCAUGCGGCCGUGAGCGGGGGGCAAUAUUCGAUUGUUAAUGAGUUGCUCGCCUAUUCGAAGAUACCACGACUUAUGGAUUACGAGAUCCAACUUGGCUAUGAUUCACUACAACAAGCUGUUAAGAUAGGGGAUCGGAGAAUUGUGAAGUCUUUGGUUGAGUCCGGGAUGUUGGAUGUCGAUUCGAUUAACCAAGACGGCUUGACAGCGCUCCAUAUUGCAACUGAGCUUAACAAUCUGGAAAUGGUGAAGUUACUGCUGCUUCAUUCCAAUGCGUCUCUCGUGUAUGUCACCGGCGGUCAGAACCAAACUCCUUUACAGACGGCUCUUUUCUCUGGGCACGACGAAGCAGCAAAGCUGAUGGUUCAACAUGUGCUCAGUGGCACAGCCACCAACUCGAGCAUUGACACUGGGGAUUUGUCCAAGUUAGGGGGAGAAGCUAAAUGUAUUUAUACGCCGUUUCAUUACGCCGCUGAGAAAGGCGAUGCUUCCAUGGCCAGUUCUCUUCUUAAACUUGAUGCAAACUUGGUCCACAGACUGGAUCACGAAGGACGCACACCAUUACACUUGGCUGCCCUGAAAGGCCAUUUGCAUAUUGUUAACCUGAUACGUGCCAUUGAGGGUGUGGAUCUCUUUUCUAUUGAUGAUCAGGGCUAUUCACCUAGGGACUAUGCAAUGCAAUCGGGCAAUACUCCUAUAGCGAGGUUAAUGUCUUGA